UGUUUGCUGUCAUGUGAUUAUUCAAAAAAAUUUCUUUCAAAUGCUUGAACUCGAUAAAAUGAAUUUUAAAAUUGUAAUAAUGAGAUAAGAUUAUCUAGGUUGCUAAAUAACGUUUCACUGAUGUUUUCAUUUUUUCAUUUAAGAUCAUAUUAAAUUUAGGUUGGUGAAAUUGUAAAGAAUAUUGAUGCAUUCUGCUUUCAGCUGUUUACAACAGCUUUGUUUCUGCUGUGUUUUGAUUUUGGGGUUAUAAAAUUAUACGUUACUAUUUGGAUAGAAUUUCUACUAUUUUUUGGAAAAAAUGAGUUCCCCGCUACGGGAAGAUUCAGAAGACACUGAAAGUGAAAGUGCAUCCAGUGUUUCUCACAUAGAUUAUCGGAAGUUGAAAAAAGAUGUGAAAUAUAUUGUUUGGCCACCAGUGGAAGUAGAAGUUGAUACGAUUGAUAGCGACAACGAGGCAGACUCCAGCGACGACACCGACCCGCACCCGACAAAAAAGCGCAAAGUUCUGAGAAUGAAACGGAAAAAAGUUGCCAGCAUUCCAUCUCACUUUUGCCCAAAAUGCUAUGAUAAAUUCCCUUCACAGGUAGCGCUAGCGUUGCAUCUACAAGUGCACUACAGCAACGAAAUCUUCUGUCUCACUUGUCAGAAACAAUUUUCCGACAAAUCCGAACUGGACUUACAUUCGAGGCAAGUGCACACUCAGCCGAUGAAGAUCAGUUGCAAAACAUGUUGUAAGACUUUCACGUAUCGUUCGUACGCUUCGAAAGAUGUGUAUCGGAAGGACUUCGUAUGUUUCUUUUGUAAUAAGAAGAGUGUCGACCGAACGAAGGGUAAAUAAUGUUGAAUGACUCAAUAGAUUGAAGGAAAGCAGAAGAUGAUCAGUUGAAAAAAGUGUUGUAAAACCUUCACUUACCGAUCGUAUUAUUAUAUACGUCGAAAAAUGUGUAUCAUAAUUUCGUAUUAUUUUGUAUGUUUAUUUUGUGAUAAAAAGAUCGUCGACCAUACAAAGAGUCAAUAAGCCAAAAUUAUACGUUACCAAAUAAUGAUUUGGUGUGGAGCAAUUCAAUGGGAAUAGGUGGAAUUCCAGUUUUAUCUAUAAAGUGAUACUGAAGACGUUUGUAAGUUCAACUCGAAGAACAAAAGUCUAAAAAUUUGGAUAAGUUUCACCAAAAAGAGUUGAAAAUUUAGAGCUGGAAGUUUGAUAGAAAGAUAACUUCAAGACACUCACUAAACCAGGGAUUCCAACCUUUUUUGUACGAGGCCCCUCUCUGGUUAUUUGGAGACCUCCAAUGCCCCCCUAAACAUAUAAGCUUUCCAUUUUGCAAUACCCUAUUUCCACGGUGCCGUACAUACCAACUCCUACUUGUACAAUUAUGUGCCUACUUGAUACGAUGAGAAGUGUAUUUUUUUGUUCACUGUUGAAUGCAGUAAAGCAGAUUGGAAAGAUUCGAUAAUUGCACGUAUGAUGAAAAUCAUUCACAACUCAGAAGAACUGGAAGUGACCAACAGAAAAAGAUCGGCAAAUAAAAGCUUUCACACAUGCAAUAAACUGCUUAGCUCAAGACUCCUCUCACAUACAUCAAAACUAAGACUAUACAAAACCAUCAUAAGACCAGUACUACUAUAGGCUUCAGAAACAUGGAUACUGAAUAGAAAAGAAGAAAAAGAGACCAUUGUUUUUGAAAUCAAGAUUCUUCGAAAAAUUUUUGGCCCAACACUAGAGAACGGAGUUUGGAGAAUCAAGCACAACUACUAUGUAAUACGCCAAAUAUUCAAUGAACCAGACAUAGUGGGUGAGACUAAAAGCAGAAGGUUACGGUGGACGGGACACAUUCUGAGGAAAGAAGAAAGCGCUCUGACAAACAGUGUACUGAGGAAUAAUCCUAUAGGAAGGAGACCAGCUGGAAGGCCAAAAACUAGAUGGUGGGACCAGGUCCGAGAAGAUAUGAGGAGGAUGGGCCUAAAAGAGGAGGACGCGGGUGACCGAAACUUUUGGAGAGGCUUAGUUGAUGAGGCUAAGUACCGACUGGGGUACGAGUGGCCACCGCAGUAAGUAGUAAGUAUGAUGAAAAUCAAAACAAGUAUUCCAUGAAAAACAACUAUAAUUGCUGAUACAGAAUUUAACUUGUUUUUUGUAGUUUUAAAAACUGUAGUCUUCUUUGAUAAAGUUUACAACUUUAUUGAAACUUUACAAAAACAAUUAUGAAAACUUAGAAAGACUUUAUUUCAAAGUACUGGGGAAAUUAUGUUUGUGAUUUCUUUAUUUAUUCCAUUUGGGUGUCACGUCCCGCCUGGACUUUCUCAACGCCUCCCCCCCCCCCAAGUUGGGAACCCUUUUAGUGACUAAACGGACCAGUGUAGAAUCUCAACAAAUUGAAUCUAUAAAGAAUGUUUAAAAAUUAGUAGCCCAAUUUCCAAAAAUUUAUUAAGAGAAUAAAAAUUUAUUGUUAUUACGUUGAAUAUGUUCCCUACGAAAUUCUGAUCAUUUAUUAUGUUUGUUUUUUUUAUAAAAUUUUGUAUUUUAUGAGUAAUUUAGUAUGUGAUAAGGCAAUUAAGACCUCUUACAUUAGAAAUAAUAAUCUUUUUGAGGUCGGACCAUUCAUUUAAAAACACUGUAUGGUUUCAUCAAAUAAUAAUUAUAUUCUCAAAUAAUAAUAAUUAAUAAGUAAGAUUCCUGAUAGUUUGUUGUAUUCUUGAAUAAAGUUUAUUUUGCUACCAUA